GGACGCAGGAUGGCGGCGGCGGCCGUGGCGGGCGAUGCGGUGGCGCACGACGUGCAGCGGUUACUAGUGCAGUUCCAGGAUGAGGGCGGGCAACUGCUGGGCGCCCCGUUCGACGUACCGGUGGACAUCACCCCGGACAAGCUGCAGCUCGUGUGCAACGCGCUCCUGGCCCAGGAGGAUCCUCUGCCACUGGCUUUCUACGUGCACGAUGCCGAGAUCGUCUCCUCUCUGGGGAAGACGCUGGAGUCACAGAUGGUGGAGACGGAGAAGGUCCUGGACAUCAUCUAUCAGCCUCAAGCUGUCUUCAGAGUCCGCGCCGUGACCCGCUGCACCAGUUCCUUGGAGGGUCACAGUGAGGCCGUCAUUUCUGUGGCUUUCAGCCCCACGGGGAAGUACCUGGCCAGUGGCUCCGGAGACACCACAGUGCGCUUCUGGGACCUCAGCACCGAGACGCCGCAUUUCACAUGUAAGGGACACAGACACUGGGUCCUUAGCAUAUCCUGGUCUCCGGAUGGCAAGAAGCUGGCUUCUGGCUGCAAGAAUGGUCAGAUUCUCCUCUGGGAGCCCCUCCACGUGAACCCUGAGUGCCGCUACCUGGCCAGCAGCUCCAAGGAUGGCAGUGUGCGGGUAUGGGACACAACCGCAGGCCGUUGCGAGCGCAUCCUCACCGGGCACACCCAGUCAGUCACCUGCCUCCGGUGGGGAGGAGACGGGCUGCUCUACUCUGCCUCCCAGGAUCGCACCAUCAAAGUCUGGCGAGCUCAUGAUGGAGUGCUGUGCCGGACUCUGCAAGGCCACGGUCACUGGGUGAACACCAUGGCACUCAGCACUGACUAUGCUCUUCGCACAGGAGCCUUUGAGCCUGCAGAGGCCUCCGUCAAUGCCCAAGACCUCCGAGGGUCCUUGCAGGAGUUGAAGGAGAAGGCUCUGAGCCGGUACAACCACGUGCGGGGCCAGGGCCCAGAGAGACUGGUGUCUGGCUCAGACGACUUCACCCUAUUCCUGUGGUCCCCAGCAGAGGACAAGAAGCCCCUUACACGGAUGACGGGACACCAGGCCCUCAUCAACCAGGUGCUCUUCUCGCCUGACUCCCGCCUUGUCGCUAGUGCCUCCUUCGACAAGUCCAUCAAGCUGUGGGACGGCAGGACCGGCAAGUACCUGGCUUCCUUGCGGGGCCACGUGGCAGCUGUGUAUCAAAUUGCAUGGUCAGCUGACAGCCGGCUCCUGGUCAGCGGCAGCAGUGACAGCACGCUGAAGGUGUGGGACGUGAAGGCCCAGAAGCUGGCCAUGGACCUGCCUGGCCAUGCUGACGAGGUCUAUGCUGUCGACUGGAGUCCUGAUGGCCAGAGAGUGGCGAGCGGAGGGAAAGACAAGUGCCUCCGGAUAUGGAGGCGAUGAACUCCCCCUUCUCUCUGAUCCCCACCUGGACUCAGCCUCUGCCAGCUGCCUGCC